AUGCAGGUGAAGAAGCACCGGGACUCGGACCGCAGCGGCGGGGACAUGCUGGAAGGAGACGGCCCCCGCAAAAACUCCUCAUGCUUCUCAAAUAUCAAGAUAUUCUUGAUAUCGGAAUGCGCCCUCAUGUUGGCUCAGGGCACAGUUGGAGCAUACCUGGUGAGUGUGUUGACCACCCUGGAGCGGCGGUUCAACCUGCAAAGUGCUGACGUAGGAGUGAUAGCCAGCAGCUUUGAGAUAGGCAACCUGGCUCUGAUUCUGUUUGUCAGCUACUUUGGGGCCAAAGCACAUCGGCCCCGUCUGAUCGGCUGCGGGGGCAUCGUCAUGGCGCUCGGCGCCCUUCUCUCAGCUCUGCCGGAGUUUCUAACUAAGCAGUAUGAGAUAGAGGAAAUGUGGAGGACUGACAUGGGUCGGGAUGUUUGCUCCAACUCCAGCAGCACAGAUGUUCAGUUGGCUGAGGAUGUAGUAUGUGGAAAAAGGGCCAACACCAACAUGAUGUACCUGCUGCUGAUUGGAGCUCAGGUCCUGCUGGGGAUCGGAGCCACACCGGUGCAGCCCCUGGGGGUGUCCUACAUCGAUGAUCAUGUGAAGAAGAAAGACUCAUCACUCUAUAUAGGGAUCCUCUUUUCUACACUGGUGUUCGGGCCUGCCUGUGGCUUCAUCCUCGGCUCCCUCUGUACCAAGUUCUAUGUAGAUGCUAUCUUUAUUGACACCGAUAAGCUGGGCAUCACUCCAGAAGACCCGCGGUGGAUCGGGGCCUGGUGGGCAGGCUUCCUGCUGUGUGGUGCCUUACUCUUUAGCUCAGCUCUCUUUAUGUUUGGUUUCCCUCAGUCACUGCCAUCCGCAGAGAGAGAUGAGGGGGUAGACAGUGAGCAGGUUAUGCUUCCUCCUUCUCCUAAUGCAGAGUAUGAGACUCCAAAGCCCAGCAAUGGGGUUGUAUGCAGCCCCGAGCCUGCCAACAGCCCCACCUGCUGUCAGCAACUCAGGGUGAUCCCCAAGGUGACCAAGCACCUCCUAUCAAACCCAGUGUUCACCUGCAUCAUCCUGGCAGCCUGUAUGGAGAUCGCGGUUGUGGCAGGCUUUGCAGCCUUUCUGGGGAAAUACCUUGAGCAGCAGUUCCAUCUCACCACCACCUCAGCAAACCAGCUGUUAGGUAUGACCGCCAUUCCAUGUGCAUGUCUGGGGAUCUUCAUGGGCGGUCUGCUGGUAAAGAAGCUGAACUUGUCAGCGCUGGGAGCCAUCCGCAUGGCCAUGCUGGUCAACCUGAUCUCCACCGCCUGCUACGUCUCCUUCCUGUUCCUAGGCUGCGACACCGGCCCUGUUGCAGGAGUGACAGUCCCAUACAGAAAUGAGACUCUGCGGGUGGGCGAGAAACCAGAAGCUCAAUGCAUCAGUCGCUGCAACUGUUUCACCUCCUCCAUCAGCCCUGUGUGCGGCUCCAACGGUGUCACCUACCUGUCCGCCUGCUUCGCCGGCUGCACCGGAACAGGAAACCCUCGGACCACAUCAAGCAUCUCUCAGAACCUGACGGGAUGCGCUUGUGUAUCCUCUGAGAGUGAAUUGGCCACAGCGGUUCCAGGGAAAUGUCCGACGCCGGGCUGCCAGGAGGCCUUCCUCAUCUUCCUGUGUGUGAUCUGUGCCUGCAGCCUGGUCGGAGCCAUGGCCCAGACGCCCUCUGUUAUCAUCCUAAUCAGGACUGUGAGCCCCGAGCUGAAAUCGUACGCACUUGGAGUGUUGUUUCUUUUGCUACGACUCCUCGGAUUCAUCCCCCCUCCCCUGAUCUUUGGUGCUGGGAUCGACUCCACUUGCCUUUUCUGGAGUUCAGACUGCGGCGACCGGGGUGCUUGCCUGCUGUACGACAACAUAGCUUACAGGCAUCUGUACGUGGGCCUCGCCAUCAUCCUCAAGGGCAUCGCUUUCCUUCUCUACACCACCACGUGGUAUUGCUUACGCAGGAACUACAAGAAGUACAUCAAAAGUCACGAGGGCUACAUGACGGCGACUGAGUUUUACCCUUCCCUCACUGACGGGCCCAAACCAGUCGACAGGACAAAGUUUAUAUAUAACCUAGAGGACCAUGAGGUUUGUGAAAAUAUGGAGUCCGUUUUAUAGUUUGUUAUGCAAGCAAAGGGCAAUAUGGACAUGCAUAUUCUCUUAAAGGAAUAGUUUAUUCUUCUUUUCUUGAAAGGAGAAAACAAAAUAUUUUCAAUAAAGGCAAUCUAUGUAACGGCCCGUUCAGGUCACAGGACACGUUGCUCUCUACUGCGCUACACAUCCUAGCUAAAGGGUCCAUUUUAGUUUACGUAUCAGCGAGGCGUUGUCCAGUGUUGCCGGUGAAUUCCUGCGUUGAAUCGGUGGUAGAAGACGACUUCAGUACUGUCUAGCUCAGUCCUAGUUGAUAAGUGAGUGGUCAUGAUGCUUUCAUAACUAGUUGCCAUAUUGUUUUGGGUCUGUCAUGAUUCAGUCAGUCAGUGCACUGUGUGUUCUGUCUGUCACUCUAAAAAUUAGAUUUUUAAGAUAAAAAGAUAAUAAUUGGGAUGGUUCUUCAUUUUCAGUUAUUCAUAUUUAAAGUUGCCAAGUGUUUACAAACUAAUAGUUCAUCUGUUAAUAAGUUUUAUUUUAAUAUAGGAUGGUUUCUUACAAAAUGAGAACAGGAACACAAAGGCUGGGUUAUUAGAGUGGUCUAUUAAAUGUUUUAACUGCCAGUAAAGUCUAAUAACUUAAAACAAGGUAGUGUUCUCAUGUCAUCUUGCACUGUUCAGUUUGUCGUUCUCUUGCUGUAUCACAGGCACUGUUUUUGAUACUGUUUAGACUAGACUGUGAAGUCUUGUCUUUUAGGUGCAAUUCAUAUCUGAUACAUCCAUGUUCAUAACUAGUUUUUUGUCAGAAUGCAGGUUUGUUUUUCUUUAUAGCCGUUUGUUAAUGUUUGUUUGUACAUCUGCAGAGUGUAUUCAACCUAACAUGUCUUAAUAAGGGAUUAUUCAAAUAAGAAUGUUAAUUUUAUUUUUACACCUAGUGUAAGAGCAAAUGUGUUUUGGACAUUCAAGUAAAAUACACGAAGAGUAAUAUAUUAGUUUCAUUAGGUCCAGACUCUUUUAUUAGAUUGUAUUUGAAAGGACAGUAUAAAUUAUAUAUAAUCUAAUUAUCUGAGGUGUGUGUGUGUGGGUGUGUGUGUGUGUGUGUGUCUGAUGUCACAGAAGAUUUGGGACAACUCAUUGGGAUGAAAGUAUUAUGUUGCAUUAUUGUGGCAAAUAAACAAACUGGGCCUGUUAUAUCUGGGAUUAAGGUUACAAAAUUGCUACAGGAGUUUGUGUGUGCAAGGUCAAACAAAGUGAACAACACGAAGACCACACUGAAUUUAUUCCUGGACGUGUAUUUGAAGAACUCUUUUAACGAAACUCUGCAAAUACUGUACAACCUGUUACUCUGCUGAUCUCUCUGCAUUUACAGUUUUGACAUUGUCCCUUUUCUUACACUUUUUGUAUGGCAACAUAUUGUUUAUUUUAAUCUGGAAAUAAAUUAUUUUUCAGAAAAUA